AUGGGGACGGCCGAAAUUGAAGCAAUUUUAAAUGAAAUCAAACAUAGAGAAUUACAAAUGAUUGCGCAACAGGAGCCUUCUGUGUCGGAAUUAAUUAGUAGUACUGUUACGGAAACAACAUUUCUGGCAGUUUCUCAUCCAAAGUCACGGAUAAGCACUAUUUUAUCACUCGAUAAAGAUAACAAAGUUAUCAUUGAGAGUACAACUCUAAAUAAUGUUGCCAUAGAUGAAAAACAGCAACAUAAUAUUAAUCAUCGGUCUCUGAAACACGAUGCUACCACUUUAGCAUAUAAUGUUGAAAAUGAAGUAAAAAAGACCAAAGCAACUGUCAAAGAAAAAAUUAAUAAAAUGUGUACUAAAGCAACUGCAAGGACCAAAGCUGUAGCUAAAUCAUCGAAAAAGGUUCAUAGAAAUAUCACAAGAAUGUCACAAACACGGAAGCCGAUAGUAAAAACAACGGUUAGAAAAUUACUCUACAGUCGAAAGUUAAACAAAAAUAAAUUUACUACAACAUUACAUUCAAUACCCGUUUUGAACGACGAUUAUUCAAUGCUGUCAGUUUUUGAAUUAUUGUUGACUAAAACACAUGAAAAUAAUAUGAUGAAUAUAUUAUCAACAAAAAACUUUCCAAUUAAACGAGAAAUAAAAUCCAAAGAAUUAAUUGAAAAUACAAAUAAUGAUAAGACUAAAUAUGAAGAAUUUGACUCUGCAAAUAUUGAUUAUAAUUAUAAUAGUGCUACACCUUCUGAGCAAAAUGUUCAAUCUGAAAAUAUACCUGAAGAUACUAGUUUUGAGUCUCUAAGCAACAAAAUAUCAUACAAUGAUUAUGUCAAUGGUUUUAAAUAUUAUUUGAAUUUUCAAAAGGAUGCCGAUGAUCAAAGAUUUUCAAAUCUCAUUCGGUAUCAAGCUCAUAAGCACCAUAAAGUAGAUGACAUAGGAAAAUUUAUUCUUAAUAAAAUCCCUCAAUUACCAACAACUAGAUUAAAAAGAAAAUUCGUUGAGACAGAAACUUUAGAUGACCAAGACGUUUCAACUAAAAGUGAAGAUUCUUGGUUUAAAAAACAUUUCUUUAUAUUUUUAGACAAAGACACUCCUAAAAAAUUUCAUUCAGUACAAACUGUCUCAUUCAAAGAUUCCAUUACAAAAUUAUGUAAUAAAAUUACAAAAUUUAAUAAUUCUAAAAGUAUUACUACUGACUCAUAUAAAACGAAUAAUCAUGUUACAACUCCUAUGACACCUUUGAUUUCGAAAAAAUAUACUACGAAGAAGAAAGAAGGCUUAAAAAAAGAAAAUCCAGGUUUUACAAAUAUAAAUAUGGAAGAUUUUAAAAAAAGAUACAAAAGAAAGAAUAUCGGAAAAUGGAAUUUUAAUAAAAAGCUUAGACCUAAGAGGAACCUGGACUGUGCAAAAGGAGUAGAAGAUUUGAAAUCGACUUUGAGUAUGAAGAGCAUAGGCUAUGUUGAUAUUAAUUCAGUUCAAAAAAAAACAGGACAUAUAAAUACUCCACCUGAGCAAUAUUUUAAGACUCCAAUACCUAUGGAUGUCGAUGAUUUCAAUAAAUUUUUAAAAGAAGAAAAUAUUGACGUGUUAUCCGUUACAUCUCCUUUAAGAGAUUCAGUUUCUAAAAUUGUAGAGUCAAGGAAAUCUAGCAGUAAACUUGUCCCAAAGCUGUCAAGUUCACAGAUAUUAGAACAAAAUAUUUUAAAAGAUUUGAAGACAUCGACGUAUAAUGUGAAGAAAAAACACGGAAAACGGGACCUCGGUGAACGUAAAUACUUUACGGCAAAAGAUGUUGCAGCCUUAGAAGUCAUCGUUGAUUUAAUGAAAAAUACCCAAGGGUUUGUAGAAAACGAAAAAAAUAAAGAGUAUACACGUAGUAAUAAAAAUAAUUCGUACACAACCUUUUUGGAUAAAGAAAAUCAACUAAACUCAAUUCAAAUUCAUAUCGCAAUUCCACCAGGCGUUACCGAUAGAAAAAGAUCCCUAGAAUCUGUCAAUGUUCGUAAAGUAUUCUCAGCGAUAAUGUCAACUCCAGUUGAUUUAGAAUAUCAGAUACUCACUUACGAUGAGACAACGAUUGCGCCAACAACGGUUAAGCAAAAUAUACUAUCGCCAGGUUUAUAUUUAUUGGUUGAAAAUACUAACAGUACUUGUCCGAAAGGUAAUUUUGCAUUGAAGCCCUUGAGUUCGAUAGAAACUUCUAAUUUUAAUAUAAGACAUGCAACAUCAACCGUAUUAGAAAAAUCAGAAACAAUAGAUACAAUGAGCAAUACAGAUAGUUUUUCUUUAAAAAGUAAAGAGACAGAAAAUGAUCAUAGUUUUACAACCAAUGAUGAGAUUAAAUAUAAGCGUAGUGUAAAUAUGGCUCAAACGAACAAAAACUUUAUUACAAGAAGUUUUGCAGAGAAAAAUAAGAAAAGACAUAUUGAUUUAAAUGCAGUUAAGAGAUUUUUCGGCCAUGACAGAGUUUGUCAUUGUAGUUGUAAAGUAAAUAAAUCUAUGUGUAAGUCAUGUGCUGAAAGUGAUAAAGUUAUUUCUGAAUUAAUUUUCGAGUUUGAUAACCUAGAGAAAUAUGUAGUUGAUCAUUGCACAGAAAUACAAACGUUCUUCUGGAUGAAUCCAGCUGGCGGGAAAAAGUUAAGAAGUGUGAUUCUUAGAAUUGAUAAACGUUUGAAUGAUUAUUAUAAGAGAGUAAAGGGCAAAUGUCAAGGGCGAACUUGUCAAAUGAUAUCAUCGAAUAUUGAUAAACGAUAUUUACGCGUCAAUGAACUUGAUCAUCAGCUACUGAAUAGGCUAAAUGCGCUAUUCGAUAAUUUACAAAACAUACCUAAAUGUCACAUGGGAUUCUAG